AUGGCAGCAUCGCAAUGUACCGAGGCGUCCGGAGGUGUGCAGCAUCAUGCUCCUCAUGCUGUGUGUGUGUGUGUGUGUGUGUGUGAAUUCUUCUCCUCAGACAGUGUGUGUGUUGCGGAUCUGCGGAUUGUCCUGUUGGGCCGGACCGGUUCUGGUAAAAGCUCCACAGGAAACACCAUUCUGGGAAAGUCCGUGUUUCAGAGAGACAUCUCCCCGCUGUCCAUCACUCAGCAGUGUGUACGAGCCUGUGGUGAGGUGGAGGGGCGGAGCCUGCAGGUGAUUGACACUCCAGGUUUUUUCCACACUUGUAUGUCAUCAGAGGAGGUGUGUGCUGAGGUGGCACGGGGCAUGGUGGAUCUCUCCGCUCCUGGACCUCACGCACUUCUGUUAGUCCUGAAACCAGGAAAAUUAACUUCAGAGGAGCGCAUGACUCUGGAGUGGAUCGGCACCGUUUUGGGUUCAGCGGCCCUCAAACACACUUUGCUCGUCCUCACGCACGCUGACCAACUGCACGACAAACCUGCAGAGAGCUUUCUACAGGAGAGCAAGGAACUCUGGGAAUUCAUGCGGUUGUGCGAGGACAGGAUUCACAUGCUCGAUAACACAAAACAUGAAGAUCGAGCACAAGCGAGCGAGCUGGUGAAGAAAAUCGAGGCCAUGGUGGAGAGGAAUGAGGGGAAGUGGUAUAUCUGUGAGAGAAGGAUUCUGGGAGAAAAGGAGCAGGGGCAGAGGAGAGAGAAAGGAGAGGAUGAGAAAGAGAGGAGGAAGAAAGCCGAGCAUGAGUUCUGGUGUGAGUUAGUGACUGCCAUGGGGAAGGGGGCGCUGGAGAGCUCCGGCGUUCUGGACAAAGGGAAGGGGAAAGGGAAAAAAAGCAAAGUGGUGCAGAGGGCAGCGGCUUUAGCAUCCACGCCCCUUUCAGUGACAUCAGCUGCUAAAAUGGUGGGCGGGGCCAUGAGGGAAGGGAGCAAAGUGCUGUACAAACACCGUAAAACACUGCUGCAGUGAGCACACACCACUCCAGCAUCGCUCCACACUGUACCUGUGUGUUUACAACCAACACCUUCAGUCCUGAGUGUGUGUGUGUGUGUGUGUGUGAAGCAGGAGGUCAUGUAAAGCACCAUACACUAACACAAAAUAAAUUAUUCUACACAUCUGAUCAAAUAAAUCGAAUACAGCAGUGUGUGUGUAAGUGUAAAUACACUGCGAGGAUUGUACAGGGGAAGUGUAGAGACUAUAUACAGUACAUCCGCUACAGUUUCAUGAACGUGUGUCUUUACUGUAAUCCUCCAUCUUCACUGUGCUUCUAUUCUGAAAGAUUAUUUCACUAAUGGGAAAUUCUCCCUCAAAAUGGACUGAGACGAGCACACAGAACACUACUCCA